AUGAAGUCAAUAAGUUCACGUCGACCUGAUGCCCAAGCAAAUGAGAUAGACGAGAAAGCUGAUGAGGUUUGCAUCGAUGUUUUGGCCGAGAUGAAGAAAUCAACAAAGAAGUCGACAAGGUGCCGUCGAGUUCAUGGCCGAGCAAAGGAAGUCGACAGAAUGGUCGACUGUGACGCGUCGAGGUUCCUGUCAAUCGACGAACAGGUCGAUGAAAUCGGGCAGAAUUUUUCAAAUUUUCUAUUUCGAUUAGGAAAAGGAUUUUUUGGUAAUUUAAUCCUUAUGGGCGACUCUCGUAGCCUUCUAGAAGAUUCUACUUGGAUUUAA